UUAAUUUAACUCAAAAUGCAAAUGAGACAGAAUUUCAAGAAAGAUCAACAAAAAAACCAAGGGUUUAUGUUGAUUUAACCCAAGAUGAUAAAGAAAAGCAAUUAUCAAUUAAAGAGCGAGAAUUGGAAAUUGAAGAAUGUCAAAUUCGUUUGGAGCGUGAAAAACUUGAAUUAAUUAAAUUAAAAAAAGAAUUAG